AUGUCGCACGACAUCGAGUACUCUGAAAAGUACGCCGACGAGGACUACGAGUACAGGCGCCGCUCGCGCGCAGCGACCCGCCACCGCUUUUGGCAGUUGCCCCGAACCCCCUGCGUGCGCGCGAUCCGACGCCGCGCGCGCGCGCGCAGGCACGUCAUCCUGCCCAAGCAUAUCGCGAAGACGAUGACCAAGGGCCGUCUGCUGCUAGAGACGGAGUGGCGCGGCCUCGGCGUCACGCAGAGUCGAGGCUGGGGUCACUACGCGAUCCACAAGCCGGAGCCGCACAUCCUCCUCUUCCGCCGGCCAAACAACACAGACCCCGUCACCGGCCUCGCUCCUGGAGGCAAGCGCAUCGACCCGACCGGCAAGAUCAUCAACUGA